GUCUGCUGGCUGCUUGUGGAACGACGACCGCUGCCUCCCACGGUGUCGCUUCUUCACGUUUAUUAUCCUCUCGCCCUGCGCUGUCCGUCUCACACACUCACACAACAUUGAAGGCUCGUCGCGCCUCAUACCAACGUUCACCACCGUUAGCAAUGGCCGGCGACGAAAUCACCCAGGCGCAGGCCGCCCACGGUUUCGACGCCGAGAAACAAAAUGUCGAGAACCUCGAGCACGUCCAGGACGCUGCCGCACCCGCGAGCGGCGGCGAGGGCGGCUCCCCGUUCCCAGCCAUGGAUCCUGCGCGGAGGGCGGCCGUCGAGAAGAGCCUCAAGCGCAAGCUCGACACGCGGUGCAGCCUCUUCGUCCUCAUCUACAUCAUGAACUACCUCGACCGCAACAACAUCGCCUCGGCGCGCCUCAAGGGCCUGCAGACGGACCUGCAGCUCGACGACACGCAGUACGCGACGUGUCUGAGCAUCUUAUACGUCGGAUACAUUCUCAUGCAGGUCCCGUCCAACAUGUUCGUCAACCGUAUCCAGCGCCCGUCGCUAUACAUCGCCCUGGCCAUGCUGCUCUGGGGCCUCAUCUCGACGCUGUCGGGCAAUGCCAAGACCUUUGCCCACAUGGUCACCAUCCGCUUCCUGCUCGGCUUCAUCGAGGCCGCCUUUUUGCCCGGCGCCCUGCUCAUCCUGUCCAAGUGGUAUACGCGUCGCGAGCUCACCACCCGCAACGCCAUUCUGUUCUGCGGCAAUCUCAUUUCCAACGCCUUCUCGGCGCUCGUCGGAGCCGGUGUCUUGUCCAACAUGCAGGGCACGCUGGGCCACGCUGCCUGGCGCUGGCUGUUCUGGAUUGAGGGUGCUGUCACCAUGACCGUGGCCAUCUCCGCCGCCUUCAUCUUGCCUGACCUGCCGCACAAUGCGCGUGGUUUCACCGAGGAGGAGAGAAUGGUCGCCCAGCUGCGCAUGUACGAGGAUGUUGGCGAGGCUGACAAGGAUGCCGAGAACCAGGGGGCUUUUGACGGCCUCAUGAUGGCUGUCCGCGACCCCAAGAUUUACGUCAUGAUGUUCACGUUCACGGCUUACGUCGUUGGGCUGUCCUUCAACGCCUUCUUCCCUACCUUGACCGGAACCCUGGGGUUCGAAUAUGUGCCGACACUGCUCAUGAGCUCCCCGCCGUGGGUUUUCUCGUGCCUCAUCUCUGUCAUCAUCUCCUGGCACGCCGACCGAACGCAAGAAAAGUUCUGGCACAUCGUCGGCCCCAUCCUCAUGGGCAUCGUCGGCUUCGUCAUCAGCAUGGCUACCCUCAACGUUGCCGCCCGCUAUAUCGCGCUCUUUCUCCAAGCUGGCUCGUAUGCGGGCUUCAUCGUCUUUUACUCGUGGAUCAGCUCCUCAUUCCCGCGCCCUCCCGCCAAGCGCGCCGUUGCCAUCGCCAUGAUCAACGCCUUCAGCCAGCUUGGUAACGUCGCUGGCUCCUAUGUCUGGGACCUCAAGGAAAAUGGCUACCGCAAGAGCUACGGUAUUGUGCUGUCCAUGUUUGGCAUCACUAUCGUGGGCUGCUACCUCUUCAAGCUGAUGCUUGCGAACCUGAAUAAGAAGCUGGCCGAGAGCGAGAUACACGAUGUGGCGGAACAGCGUGCCGAGGGCGACUUCAUCGAAAGCAAUGACGAGUCGCUGCGAAUGCGCAAGGGAUUCCGCUACUUGGUCUAA